AGCAGGUCAGGAGAGAUAUAGAACAAUUACCACGGCCUAUUACCGGGGUGCAAUGGGCUUCAUUUUAAUGUAUGACAUCACGAACGAAGAAUCUUUCAAUGCUGUGCAAGAUUGGUCAACUCAAAUCAAAACAUACUCUUGGGAUAACGCCCAGGUUAUUUUGGUUGGUAACAAAUGCGACAUGGAGGAUGAACGAGUAAUCGUCACUGAGAGGGGCAAGCAUUUAGCAGAGCAACUUGGUUUUGAAUUUUUUGAAACAAGUGCCAAGGACAACAUUAACGUCAAGCAGACGUUUGAGCGACUCGUGGAUAUCAUCUGUGACAAGAUGUCGGAGAGCCUGGAGACGGAUCCCGCGAUUGCCGCCAGCAAGCAGAGCACGCGGCUAAAGGACACCCCCCCUCCACAGCAACCCAACUGUGGCUGUUAAUGCAGCCACCAACAAAGGCAGCUCCAGGCUGUUCUGUUGCCAACAGAGUAUUUAUGAAUGGUCUAUAUGCCUUUAUUUAUAUCGUCUGAUUAAUUUAUUUGGGAGAAAAGUCUUUUAUUUUACAUCAGCAGCUGGUCAAGUAUGUAUAUAGAGAUGCUAUUAUUAGUUUGUGAGGACGAUCCUCUUUUAGCAUCUGUUUUUUGCAUGCAAGAUGGCUAUUAGUUUCUCUUUUCUUUUUAUUGUUUUACAUUGUACUUGCUUCAGCUGGUGCCAUGUCCUCAGACCACAUUUGCCUAGAAUUGAUUCCUGCUUCAUCAGUUUCAAAUUAUAUGCUUGAAUCCUUGGGGUAGUGGCCAAGGUGUUUCAGAAUAAGCUUCCUGAAGCCACUUAUAAUUUCUCCUUACUGAAAAAUCAAUUUAGAAAUAUUACUCUAGCGAGCUAAUCGCUCAUUCCGUCCAGAUCAUUUGUACAAGGGACAUUUCCUGGAGCAUAAUGCCUUGGCAAACCUGGGCUCACUUAAUAUACGCACCAUGGCUGCUUGGUAAUUGCAGGGGGUAGGAAGGACAAACCUCCAGCCUUCCUGGACCCAAAGCCUCUGGAUUUACAGCAAAGAACACCCCUGCAAGUUCCCAGCUAAGUAAGGGUUUUCAUUCCUCAGAGUACCGGUGUCCAGAUCCUCAGAGAUAGUAGAUAUUUCAUCCUGUACUAUAUUUUCAUCUCCUUGAGAACUGCAUGCCUAAUAUCUUUCUGAAAACGGACUUAAUUUCUGAAUCCUUCAUCAGAGAGAACCUGCCAAUACCUGCCCCAAUAGUGGAGGGCUGAAUAGCUCUUUUCAAGUCUACCUGCAUAAGGUAAUAAACUUCUGCUGUCACUGCUGACAAAGCCAGAUAUAUCAUGCUCAUGGCCAAAAACUUUCUUGUCAUGUUCCUGCAAAUCUGCAUAUUUAAGCUUUUAGCAAUUUCAUCUUCCACUCAGUCACUGAGCACCAUUGCUACGCUACAAAGGCCCCAGGUUUCAUCUCAGCCCCAUGAUAGAGAUGCUGCUGGUGUGAGCUGGAAUUUGACCUCAUUUUGACUUUGCUGAGGAUAUCUGUUUUUUUGACAAGACAAUCAGAAAUUCACAAGAUAUUUAAAAGUUUUAGGAGUAAUAAAUAGUUGUCAACAUUUAUGGAGUUGAACUGAAUAAAUCCAUAAAAUCAGAAAAAGGUUGUGAAGACAAAUGUUAAAAAAUAGUCAUAUGUCACAAUGCUAAACAGUUCUCACUCUAAUAAUUAGCAGCAGUUUCUUACAUCUUUGCCCUGUGUUAUACUGCAUUAUUUGGGUCACAGUGACAUUUUUUAACUAAAUGGUAUAAUUAAGAAAGCAUUAACUGUGUUCUUUCUAUUAGACUGGCUUUAGGACUAGGUUGACAUUUCUCAACACCAAAAAAUGUCUGCAGUGCCAAAAUGUGAAAGGAAGACAGGUUAAAUGGCUUGAAUAGGUUGAAAAGUUGGAUUUUGCAGACAUGGCAAUGCUGGGAUUUUUGCUAUAGAUUUUAGUCAGAUUUAGACAAGAAGAAUCACUUCUAGAUAAUGAUAGCUCAGUACUAUCCUUUCAGUUCUCAGCUGGAACCUGGCUAUUGUAGGGAAAACCCAGAACCUUCUUUUUGGAAGCAAUUUAUUGUCAUUUCCCCAAACAUUCUGAAACUUGAGUAUGAGUGUGAGUUCUGGGAGAACAGCAGGACCGGGAUUUUCAAUUCUACUUUAAAUUAUUUGAAUUAUAUCUUGGCCUAAUUCUGUUCUUGCUGACUUCUGUGAUAGAACAGCAAUUUUCUUAAUUGAAAACAGGGUUAGCCUGAUACUGAGCCCUUUCAGAAGUCUCAUCCCAACCUGAUCAAGCGCAGAUUUAACCAUGCAGUCACUCAUAUCUCAUAGCCACUGCCUCUAAGCUAGUCACUGGAGAAGACAGAAUUAGGAUUUGUUGGAAUACCUGAUCUAAACACAGUUGUAGCACAGUUCUGUCAAAAGCAAGGUUCAAGCUAGCAAAAGACUUUUUGUAGUGAUACAAACAGCCUGGAUCAUUAAAUUGACUAUAAUAAAUUCAAAACUAUUUUCUGCCUCAUCACAAUUCCUGGUGUAAAAGCACUCCCAUGAUAAAACCCAGGAUGCUUUGGCUUUGCACCCAUUUGCUGUCCCUUUCAGCACAGAUUUAGGACUGAAUACCAUGGGAGGCAGCCACAGGGAGCCACUUCAGCUGAGGUUUGGUCUGGGACAGCAGGUGAGACACAGAGCACGGCAAGUUUCUGAGGGACUAGACACCUCCCGGCAGAGGGUCUGACUCCAUAGUGCCAGCUGAACUCAUCCCGCACAACCCAUUUUCCGAGGUGCCAUCUAGGCUGAUAAAUGCUGUUGGUGGCAGGCUGCUGUGGUGCAUGGCUAGUACACCAGCCUUGUCCUGCUGGGACAGUGCCCUGCUUGCUGCAUGAGCUGCCUGGCGCAGAAGACAUUCCCGGGAAUAGCUGGGAGCUGCCCCAUGAGCUGCAAGCCCUGCGGAGCAGAGCCUGCACGUGCAUGUUGGCUGUGCCGAUGGGAGCUCAUGUGCACGAGCAGCUGCUCCUUACAGCCCGAGUAACAUGUUUCUCCCUCGGUUCUUUGUUCUUGGUUUGAUUUACUUCGACCUGUUUGUUGGUGUUUGAAAUACCUACGAGCUAGCCUGAUCUUCUGUCAAAAUAUAUUCUCUGAACCGCUGUGUACGUGACUGUUACCUGGGACUGUUUGUUCCUUUGUGCUUAUCCUGACUGUACGCAUAGAGAAACUACCUGAGCAACUGCAUCUAUGUGGCCUUUCCAGAGCAUCGGUUUGAAAAAUUAGGUUUUCUUCCCAGUCUCCUUAGCUCUGUAUAUCCAGCCGUACUACCUGCACCUUCUUUAUUUUAGGAAUGAAGUGCUAUUUUAUGGUGCACAAAGUCUGCUGGAGUUUGAUCCUAACUUUGAGACUGCUUUGACUUCAGUUGUCUUUUUUUAAGGGAAAAAAUGAUGGUACAAAUCCCGUCUCUGAUGAGGACGGCUUUGCUUCUUCAAUAGCAGACAAGUGGUGCUGUACUUGCAAUUGAAAAGAGAACCCAAAACUUCAAAAGUCAGUCUCCCCUGAAACUACUCUUUAUUGCAUUCACUUGUGAGAGACAAGUCCGUAACUGGCAUUUUCAAGGGCAUUGACUAAAUAGAUAACUGUUCUGCUGUUAGGACAGAUUCCCCCUUGGCUUGUUUCACAUGCAGACAUACAGCAUGCAAGUUCCUCUUCAGCAGGACUCGUUCAGAUUUUGUGACAUAAAACUGCAAGGAUGAAAAUCCUCACAGGGGUUAAAGCAAAAUACCUUCACUUGUGCCAACGGAGGGUGUGGGUUUUCUUAAUUUACACCAUUUAAUCUGUACACAGUCCCUUCAGUAUGGUUUGACUCCAAAUUCUCCAAAGCUCUUCAUCUGUAAGGUCUCAAUUCAAGACGCAACUCAGUUUCCAUUAUUUUUUUGGUCAGUUUUCUUUAUCAAAUGGUUAUUUAAAAAAUAUUUUUUCUUUUUUUUAAUCUGUAUUUAUACAUGGAUGCUAACUUAAACAGCAGUUGCAACUGCGCAUGCAUAGUAUGCAUAUAGAGCAGUACGUUUUUGACACUCAUUCAGUUCCCACCGCUACUUGCUCAUGCUCAGUGAAGCCUUCCCUAAGUGCCAGAGUGGAAUUUACCCAGAAAGUCUCACUAGCACCAGAGAUCCGCUGGCUUGAAUUUGCAGACUGUAGGAUUAUUAUCAUCCAUAGUUGAAGCAGGUGUAAAUGGCCUGUCAUUUAUAGCCCAAGGUACCUGGCAUUUGAUUUGGGGGAAGGAGUGGGAAGGGGAGAAAAGCAUAAAUCCUAAUCUUCCCAUCGCUUCAGGGUCAUGCGUAACAUGCAGAAAUAGAAGCUAGGGAUUGUUUACUACUUUUGGUGAUAAAUUUCCUUGAGUAAUCCUGACAUGUACCUGCAACUGGUGUUAAAUGAAAUCUGUUUGUGUUGUAAUUCUCAUUUAAUAUUUUGUCAAUAAUGUCAGAUAUGUCGUGCUUCAGUCAGACUGUCAGAAUGCGUAACAUAUACUAGUGUUUGUGGAACUGAAAUGUCUUAAAUGUUGCAUGAAACUGUGUUAUAAAAAUAGAUAUGUUUUCUAUUUUUUGAAUACCUCAAAACUGAGGGAUCAUGGGCCAAUAAGUGCAAUAUUUAAUGACUUACUCAGUGUAUAUAAACUUGUGUGAAAGGGAGAAGUGUCAUGUAUGUGUGAUAAGCUGUUGAUGAUGCCUGUGUGGCUCAAAGGUUUUCUAGUAUCUGUAUGUGUUGUAGUAAAAUUUAUAUAGUAAAUGCUUUACCAGUGUAGUGUAAGAAUAUUCUUAAGUCAUUUAACGUAUUUUUCAUAUGUGAAACAAUAGUAAAAGAUAUCUGUAUGUUUACUGCAAGUGCAUGUCAAUUUUACUUUUAGAAUCGUGAGUGUCCUUUUCAAAAAUGAUAAUGUUAUAUGGACAGUAGUGGGGCAAUGCUUUCAAUCAGAAGAUUAGCCUUUUAUCCUAUCUGCAUAGAUUUUUAAAGCAUGUUCUCUAGAAGCAUUGAAGGACCCCUCUUGGCACUCAGCACUUACAGAGAGUAGUUUAUUCCUGAAAGAAUUAGUGAUAUGCUCUGUCUGCCUGUAAUGCAUAAUAUCAUGUGAACAUGUUUUUUCCUUAAUCAGAGAGAGUUAAUACAUAGUACUUACCUGAAAUACUAAACACAAGCCUCCAGUACUCUUUUGGAUGACAUGGCAAAUUCAGCGGAUGCCUCAAGUUCACAUUUGUAGGAACAGUUUGCAGGUCACAGUCAAAAUGGUCCAGCACCGUGGAGGGACACCUUAAUCAAUCUCCUCUGUCCAUUAAGUUUCUUAACCCUCUUUAGAUCCUAAAGGCAAAAACCACAUUCCUAAAAAUACGGACCUAGCUCUUCACUCGCCUGUUACCAGCUCUCACGGUGGAGUAACUCCACCAUUAGCAGCAAAGUUGCAGUGCAAACGGGAACAAAAUACAGCCCAGAACUGAAGUGUGAAAUGAAGAGGAAACAACCCAGCACUUUCUUUCCUUUCCUGUUAACCUUGCAUAUUUCUAACAACUCUGUAAGCAUGUGAGUAAGCCAGUUUCUAUUCAGCUCAACCCUUAAGCACAUUAGUUACUUUAAACCCUGAAUCUCUGGACUGCCAGUGGUUCCCAGCUGUGCCUAGGGACUCUGCAGAGAAGGAGCUAAUUCUGUUAAUUCCUGCUGCAUCUCUGGUUUCAAAGGAACAAGCCAUGUGCUCUGGGAAUUUUCUAAAUGGUGACAGGCACCGAAUCUGGGCCAAGGGGAGGAACUGCUUUAGCUGAAUGAUUUCCAUAACCAAUUGUUUUCAUUAGCAUCAUGAUAAAAUGUACAUAAGUAGAUUUUGAGAUUGAACUGAGAGAGUUUUGUGAAAUGUACGAGGUUGGCUUAGGCGUUUUGUUUGCUUGUUUGUUUUUUAGUUAACCUGACCAGGAAAAGAACCAAACUCUAAGGCCUGCUGGAAACCAGUAGCAUAGUUACCUUUUCUGUAGCAUCAAAUAAUUUCUGCAAGCAGGUGAAAUAGCCAGAUUGCAUUAAGGAGCAUACCACAAUACUUGCAAAGGCCUGAGAUGCUUUCAAAACACUUUCCUCUUUCUAUACCAUGAUGCCAUGACACCAUCAGCAAAAUUUAAUAGAUCAGAGUGAAAUGAAAAUGUGUCUUGAGAGUGAUUUAGGAUUAAUAGAAAAAAAAAAAAAGAAAAUUCUGAAUGUCUUUUCAGCUGAACAGCAGACAAAGUUAACAGUCAUCAUAUGAGGUACAACUUAAAUAUAGAUAUACAGGCUGCCACAGGACUGAGGAUGCAUUACCUAGAUUUUUUACUGCUAAGUGACCUGACUGUUCAAGGGCUGGCAAAUAAUUUUACCUGGUAUUUUUAUUAUUCCUCAUAGACAUGUGAUUACAUAAAUAAAAAAUAAAUGCUUCUCUUGAAAAUAUGUAGCUGUUCUGGCUCCCUCAAGCUAACUUAUUUGCUAUUUCUUGACGAGAAGUUGAAGUACGUGCUUAGAAUACAUUUAUGAGGGGGUGAGCCUCAACCCAUCCCUCGUCCCCCAGCUAUUACUGCAAUAUAGUGACUGUGGUUCUAAAAAAUAUGUUAGUUUAAAAUGCUGCUGGGUGACAAAUGUUGUGAAUCUUCUGCGUACAUCCAUGGGAGCUCUUGUCUGAACGUGAAGUACAAGUUUUAUCCACAUGCAG